UUUUUUAAAAUUAAUUUUUGUUUUUUGAAAAACAUCUCACACCAUUUACAAAUUAAAUAUUUGUUCAUGAUAACCUUUCCAGUAUUUACAAAAAAAUUUAUUUUAGUCGCACUAUCUACUUGUAGUCGCACUUUUUCCUUCCUUUAUGCUCGUAAAAAUCCGGAAAUUUUACUAUUAAUAACUUGCGGACAAAACUUGCGGAUUUUUUUUAUUUGCGGACUUUCUUUGGAAUCUGCGGAUUUUUUUAAAAUUUGCAGAUUUCCUUUGAAAUUUGCGGACUCUUUUUUUUAACUUGCAGACUUUUCAUAAAUUUGCGGAUUUUUAGGAGGAUAAAGGAAAGUAACCCCUGACUUUUCUUUUACCGAUGUUUAAUUUCAUUAAAAAUUUACUGGAAUAAAAUUGACACCUUUGCAUGUUUUUUUGAUUAUUUUAAAUUAGAUUAGAAAAAUCUGUUGAUUAUUUUUAAACAAUUUUUUGAAUUUUCUUUUCUAAUUAAUAGCCCUUGUCAACAAUUAAAUAUGACAGCAAUACCUUCAACAAUUUAUAGGGCUCUAUGUCGUCUUGGGGACAAACUAGUUUAUCCAAUUUUGCCCAGCUUUGCCAAGCCAGCAUGGAAUCAUCCUGCUGGACCCAAAACAGUUUUCUUUUGGUCUCCAACAAUUAAAUGGGUACUUGUAGGUGCUGGAAUAUCUGAUUUGACUAGACCUGCCUCGAAAUUGAGUACUAAUCAGAAUGCCUCAUUAGCCGCAACUGGCGCUGUCUGGACACGUUAUUGUUUUGUAAUUGUUCCAAAAAAUUAUUAUUUGGCUAGUGUAAACUUUUUUGUUUUUUGCACGGGAAUGGUUCAAAUACUUCGUAUUGGACAUUAUCGGUAUAUAAUACAACCAAAAUUAGAAGAAAAUGAAGAGUUGAAGAAAGUUUCAAAUUAAAAGGUUUAGAACAAAUAUAGCUAGCAUUCACUAUAAGACACCCCCUAGGGAUUGAAAAAAGAGUGCCUUAUAAUGGGGGUUUGUUAAAUUGGGGGUAUCGCUUAGACACCCAGUAGCUAACUAAAAAAUGGAGGUAUUUUAUAGUGAAGUUCGAGAUUUUAUAAAUAAAGAAUAUUUAUUUUAGAUUUUAUAUAUUUUUUGUAGACUUUGUUUAUUAUACAAAUGUUGUGAUUAUAUAUUUGUUUAUGAAUGUUAAUUUAGUCGCGGAAAAGGGACUGUGAGGAACAGGGAUGGAUGCAAUCACCCUAAAAUUUGAGUGUUUUUUUUGGCUUGCGGAUUGCGUUAACGGAUUUUAUAAUUGAAAUUGCGGCUACGGAAAUUUUUUUUCACUUGCGUCCAUCCCUGCUGAUGAUGUGAGGAAGUGCCCAAAGGUCGGGAUUUUGAGGCAAAAAACUUUGUUUUUAAUCAUUCUCCCUUUUGGAUAUGCCCUCUUCAAAAUUAAAUAAUGUUCGCCAAAAUU